AUGGCUCGAGAACAAGAUGAAAGAGAUCUGAAUCUAGGGCGGGCAAUCAGAACCUUGGAGCUGCUGACAAGGGAUCAAUGUGAUGUUAAAGGAAAAUAUUCAAAGGAUGAUUUAGACGUUUCCAUGGUUAAUUAUCUUUAUGAUCAAGUUGUUAAUAUAAAAUCAGUGCUGGGAGAGCUUGCAAAAGGAACUAUCUUCGAUAACACCAACGAUCUCGUAGCGUCGCUAUUGGGAAUUAGUUCUAUAACAGUGUAUCGCAAGAGAAAAAGGAUUGGAGAAGAGAAACCUGAAAAAGAAAAGAUUUCCAAGAAACAGCGAAUUCUGAAUAUGGUAACAGAUGAGCAACGCAAGGAGAUUUUUGAUCAUGUGCAGGAAUGCUUCAGAACUGACACAAAUUUUACUUUAUCAACUCUACUGGUUGAUCUGAAGGAGAGGUUCAACUUCCAAUAUGGACGUUCAUCACUCCACGAUUUGCUCCGAGCAAUGGAUCUAGUUUACAAAGUCAAAACCUACAACCCAAUGGUAUCAGAUAGAGUGGAUAUUGUAGCUUGGAGAGGACGGUAUCUGAGGCAAAUUUCAGAAUUGAGAGAAGCUGGUGCCUAUAUCACGUUCUUUGAUGAGACUUGGAUUUAUCACGGGAUGGUCCGCAAGCAUGGUUGGGACUUAAAAAACCAUACGGCCUAUGAACUUGCUCGUAUUGGAAGUAUGAGAAAUCCGAUUCCAGGCUUUGCCGCCGGUAGUGAUAAAGGUGUUAGGGCAAUUGUCCUAGCGGUUUUGACUCCAUCGGGAAUUCUAGAGGCCUCCAUCGACGUGGUAACUUCGAAGCGUCCCGCUUCGGAACAGCUAGUUGAUUAUCACAAAUCGAUGGAUUCUGAAAUGUACUAUAAGUAUAUGGAAAAGGUGCUUCCAGAAAUUGUUGCAGCAGCUCCUCCAGGUCGGCAACCGGUGAUGGUAAUCGAUAACUGUGCCAUUCACAACCAAACGACGCUGAAGCUCCCCACGAAAAGCUCCAAGAAGGAAGACAUCACCAAUUUUCUCAAAGAUCAGGGAGUUGCAGUGGAUCCUUCUCUUAAAAAAGAUGAGCUAUGGGAUGAGGCCGACAGUUACAUGAGAAUGCAUGGGGGUAGAAAGGCUUUGAUGAAAUACGAGGUCGAUGAAAUGGCUGCAAGGUUGGGAGUGCAAAUCGUCAGACUUCCACCGUACCAUUGUUGUCUCAAUCCCAUCGAGCUCAUUUGGAACCAGCUGAAAAGCUUCCUGCGCAAGCAUGGAAAAUUUGACAGCAAACUGGAAACAGUCCGUACUCAAGCGAUUCAAUUUCUUAAAAGCAUCGACGAGGAAGCUGUGGCAAAUAUAAUGGAUCACGUUAUGGAUGCUGAGAUUGACCUUAAGACUAUUAUGGAUGCCGAUUUUGAGCAAAAUCUACGCGAGGAUGAGAUGGAUUCGGGGGAUGAUGACAUCAGUUUUUGA